CUCUCCCUCUCUCUCCCUCUCUCUCUCUGUGGUGGACGUGCUCCUCGGUCAGAUCAUCUAGAUAGACACGGCGAGGACGGCGAGCGGAAUGGCGCGGUUCGGGAUCCUGCAGGCUUUCUGCCUGGCAGCCAUUGUUGUGGCCUUGGCGAGCGGAGAAUAUCUGGUCAUGUCUGAUUGCAAUGAUGCCAAGUCGUCGACCGUCUCAACGCAUUGGUCCUACAAGACCCACGCCUGCUUAAACUACCACACGGGUCAUUCAGAUAUGUACUUCUGCGAGAACGGACGCGCCAAGCUGCGUCGCUGGUUGGGCAAGAGCGAUUGCAGUGGUGCGCCAACCACGGCUUGGAGCUACAAGACCAACGUCUGCUUGGGCCCACGCAUGAUGUAUUGUGUUGAUCAGCUGCCCAAGGGCGUGGCCCGGGUUAACUACCACACUUCGAGCGACUGCAGCGAUGAACCCUUUUACGUCGAUGUAAUGAGCAGCCUGUGCACGCGCGGAAACGAUAAAUCAUCAGGAAGCGUCGUCUGCCAAGACCCUAUCAUGGCCAUCACUGUCUUUAGCAACACCGACUCGUGUGAUCCUCGUGAAGCCACCGACGUGGAGACUCACAGUCUCACCACUAACGAAUGUGUGGCUGACGUCGACCCCAACAACGAUGACAUCUUCGACUUUGAAACCGAUGCAUGGUCCAACGAUCAAGAUGACUGGGAUGGCGAUUACGUGGUGGACGAUGAUGCUACCAAGGCCCGGCGGCGAUCCCUUGCUCCCGUGCCUCCACUCGAGCGCGCAGGUCUUCUUCCCAUGACUCACGAGCGUCGUGACGUGAACAACUACAUUUCCAUCACUUGCACGAGCGGCACUGCUAGCCCGCUCAGUCAUUGGGCCACCAGCUUCCUUCUCGCGCUCUUUGUCGCGGUUAUCCGGCACUUCUAG